AGUGGGCUGUCUGAGGGGCAGGGGGAAGGCCCCGCGUGAUCGCGUCUCGCAGCGAGCACGCGGUGCGGAGUCCUUUCGGCCCCGCGGCCGGGAGGGGCUGCCGCGACGGCGGGGCUGGGCCGGUGCGUGGCUGCCAUGGGCCGCCGCGCGCGCGACCGCAGGUGGCAGCGGCAGCGGCGGCAGGAGCCGGGCGGCGGUGGCGGCGGCGGCGUGGAUCAGGCGUGCUGGGCUGGCGGCUACCCCGAGAUCGUGAAGGAGAACGAGCUGUUCGAGCGGUACUACCGGGAGCUGGGCAUCGUGCCCGCCGGCGAGUGGGGCGCCUUCAUGGCGGCGCUGAGGGAGCCGCUGCCCGCCACGCUGCGCAUCACCGGCUACCGGAGCCACGCCAGAGAGAUUCUCCACUGCUUAAAGGAAAAGUACUUCAGAGAGCUGCAGGACCUGGAGGUGGAUGGCCAAAAAGUUGAAAUGCCGCAGCCGCUGAGCUGGUAUCCAGAAGAGUUAGCCUGGCACACUAACUUGAGCAGAAAAAUCUUACGCAAGUCGCCACAGCUGGAAAAGUUUCAUCAGUUUCUGGUUAGCGAGACAGAAUGUGGAAAUAUCAGUCGUCAGGAGGCUGUUAGUAUGAUCCCACCCCUGCUGCUUAAUGUUAACCCUCAUCAUAAGAUUCUAGAUAUGUGUGCUGCACCUGGAUCUAAGACUGCACAACUCAUUGAGAUGUUGCAUGCAGACAUGAGUGUUCCUUUUCCCAAGGGUUUUGUGAUUGCUAAUGAUGUUGACAACAAGCGCUGCUAUUUGCUGGUUCAUCAGGCUAAGAGAUUAAACAGCCCGUGCAUCAUGGUGGUAAAUCAUGAUGCCUCCAGCAUUCCUAAUCUACAAAUAGAUGUUGAUGGAGGAAAAGAGGUCCUCUUCUAUGACAGAAUUUUAUGUGACGUCCCCUGCAGUGGAGAUGGAACCAUGAGGAAAAACAUUGAUGUAUGGAAGAAGUGGACAACACAAAACAGUUUGCAGCUCCAUGGAUUGCAGUUAAGAAUUGCAACCCGUGGUGUUGAACAGCUGGCAGAAGGCGGGAGAAUGGUAUAUUCUACAUGUUCAUUGAAUCCUAUUGAAAAUGAAGCUGUGAUCGCAUCUCUGCUGGAAAAGAGUCAAGGUGCCUUAGAACUUGCUGAUGUCUCUUCUGAGUUACCAGGUUUGAAGAGGAUGCCAGGAAUUACAAAAUGGAAGGUAAUGAUGAAAGAUGGACAGUGGUUUGAAGAGUGGAAAGAUGUGCCUUCAAAUAGACAAACACAAAUACGUCCCACUAUGUUUCCAGUAAAAGAUGAAGAGAAGCUGAAGGCAAUGAAUCUAGAGCGUUGUCUUAGGAUAUUGCCACAUCACCAGAACACAGGAGGUUUCUUUGUGGCUGUGCUAAUAAAAAAAUCUCCAAUGCCAUGGAAUAAACGCCAGCCUAAGAUUCAUCAGAAAUUACCACAAAGAACAGGAGAUACUGAAGUGACAGCAGCUAAUUCAGAUAAUGGUUCUGAAUGUAUUACUGAAGAACCAACACUUGCUGAAAAUGAAGAGUGUAAGAAAAUGCAGGAAUUGGAAAAUUCAGACACUGAGCAACGCAAAAAGGAAGGAGUAUGUGGACCACCACCAUCUAAAAAAAUGAAGUUGUUUGGUUUUAAAGAAGACCCUUUUGUGUUUCUCCCUGAAGAUGAUCCAUUGUUCCUUCCUAUCCAGAAGUUUUAUGCAUUGGACCCAACAUUUCCCAAGAUGAAUUUACUGACUCGAACUCAGGAAGGAAAGAAGAGACAGCUGUACAUGGUUUCUAAGGAGCUAAGGAAUGUGCUUCUGAACAACAGUGAGAAGAUGAAGGUUAUUAACACAGGGAUAAAAGUCUGGUCUCGCAACAGUGAUGGUGAACAGUUUGGAUGUGCAUUCAGAUUAGCACAAGAGGGAAUUUAUACUCUCUAUCCAUUCAUUCAUGCAAGGAUUAUAAAUGUCUGCAUAGAAGAUGUUAAAAUUCUGCUAACCCAGGAGAAUCCUUUCUUAAGUAAAUUUAGCAGUGAAACACAGAAGAAAGUCAAGGACAUGGCAAUGGGAAGUAUAGUUCUGAAGUACGACCCAGACCCUGAAAAACCUGAUGAUCUUCAGUGUCCUGUAGUGCUGUGUGGUUGGCAAGGAAAGACAUCACUCCGUGCCUUUGUGCCCAAGAAUGAGAGACUUCAUUACCUGAGGAUGAUGGGAGUUGAAGUGUUUAAAGCAAAGAGAAAAGAGGAGGAAUCAGAAAGUAAAACAGAGGAAGAAGUUCAACAUAGGCUGGUACAAACAGAGGAAGGAAUGGAUGUAGCAGAUAAAGAACAUGAUCUAAUCACAAAAAUGGAAGCAGAAAUAAGUGAAAAAUCUUCCCACAGUCCUGUGGAAAGCAGUGCUAUGGAAAUAGAAAAUAAAAUUGAAGAUUUAGAUCAUUCUAGUAAAAAUGCCAACAGUCAUGUAAGCCAGGAAAGCAAAGACACAGAUACAAGUAAUGUCAAAGAUUAAGUUUCUUUAUUACUUCACAGCUUCCAUGAGGCUCACAUCCAGACUUUUGCUUUUAGCAUGGAAGUAUAUUUUAAAAUUUCGGUUGGAAUGGAAUGUUCCUCUCUUAAAAUUUCACCUAUUUUACUUUUAAAAUGAAAACUAUAAAGAGAUUUCUCUUCAGGUGUGUCGUCUUUUUACCAUUUUAAGUUCCAUAUCACUGGUGGGUUUGUGUGUCUGUUGCUGGCAAUGGACCGUGCACCAGAAAAAAUCUAAAGACCGUAUUUGAAAUGGGAUAAUGGUAUGUACAAAUGAACUGCCUAUGUAACUGGUCAGGAAUUCCUCCAGAAGGAAAAGCUGUGGUUUCAUUCAAAGCACAUAAGUUCUAGAAAAACACUUUUUCUCUUAAGGUUGCUUACUGCACCUACCACCCAAUCUGAUUAUUACUUAUACAGGUUCUUUAAUGGAUAAGAAAAUCAGCAUGAGUAUGCAUACAAAUUCACAUAUAGGAUAUCUAACUAAGAACCUGGUUAACGUUUAUUCGAAAUAAAACUGUGCACAACAUCCUGGGAAAAAAAAGUGCAGAAUGCAUUUUUUCAGAGACUGAUGUUUUGAGAUUCUUCUUCAGAGUGAUGAAUUGCUUGACAGCUAGUAAUUGUCAUUAACGAGAUCUUCGGGUAUGGUGAGCAUGCCACAAAUUCAUCUCUUGAAAUGUGCGUAUCUAAGUGUCUGUGACUAUCCCUCAGAUCUAUUGCUGUCAUCUGUUUCUCUGUCAUUUCUUCAGGUGAGAGUCAUCUCUUAAUUUUUGCAAGAUACUUGUUUAGAGCUGAAAUAAUAGUUAAAAACAAAACAAGAAAAUGUGAUGGUAUUUAUAUUGUAUAGUAGAUGUUUAAAAUAAGUUAUUUAGGUCCAAAAGAGUAAUGUACUUAAUCUGACACUAAAAAAAAAAAAUCAGUUAGCUACCUCAGAAACUUAUAUUAUAAAUUCUGUCCUUUGUGGCUUAGUUUCAGCAAUACUCUUUGUACUUGUAUCAAGUUGACCUGAAAGGAAAGUGGCCAGUGGUACAAGAUAUUGUCCUCCACUAGCACAGUGGUGAUUCAAAUACUUGUUGCUAGUCAUACUGAAUUUUACCAUGUGUAUUUUAACUCACAAAGUCCUAAUGUGGCUAGGAUCCACUUGUCCCCCUACAACAGACUUUCUGAUGCCUCCCCUUGAACUACUUCAUCAAAGGGAGUAUUCUUGAGGGAGAGAUGUAAAAGUGAAAUAAUGCCAUGUCCUCUGAUAAGAUACUAGUCUCAUGCAGUGAAGAACCAUUGACAGGACUCAUUUUCCUCUUGAGAGUCAGUAAAAUAGGUUAGUAAAAAAACAGUUCUUGCCCUUGUAUUUUGCUGAAGUUUGAGUUUGUUCUUUGAAUCGGGCACUGCGAUUGGACAGGUGCUUUUUUGGCAGCUCCGUAGGCUGAAGAGCAGCAUAGCAAUAUUUUCUGUUGAAUGGAGGUGUACACAAAGCAUAAUUUUUAAUUCUCAAGAGUAUACGAGGAAGAAAAAUGGUAACAACUUUAAGCAUGAAAUUUAACAUUGGUUCUUUGCAUUUAUUCUGACAUUGGGCAUUUGAAAUGGAAGAAGGGUGAAAGAACAGUGUCAUUUUUUUUAGUCCUCAUCACCAUCAGUCUGCAGUACUCAACCCUGAGGAUGGCUGAUUUUAAUCCAUCUAAUCUUUUUAUGCUCUGAUGAUCUUCAUAAAUUAUUGGAAGGUCAAGUGUUAAAACUUCUGUGAAGAAACCAGAAUUUGUUUUGAAUUAUGCAUGCUGUUACCUUAUCUACUGAUGGUCCUGAGCAGCAUUUUAAGCUUUGUCUCAGUCAGUGAGUCUAAGGAUAUAAGUUUAUGACAAUUUAAGCUGAUAAGAAUACUUUUUCAUACAGACAAUCCAGACAAUUAAAUCAGAAAAAAAGAUAACUGUACAGCAAGUGAACAGUCCUGAUUAUUUUCUUUUUGACUGAGCUUACCACUGGUAGACUAAAAUGAGAGUAGAAAGCUUUUAUCUGGGAGCUAAAGAAAAGUAGGUUCCUGGAUCAUAAAUGGACUGAAACUGGGUAUAACUUAAACUUGUAAUAGAAUAAGAGUCCACAUCUGCAUAAUCUUAAAUCUUUUGAGUAGUCCCAUUUUCCUGCAUUAUCUGUGAAAUUUUGCUUUGCUCUUAGCUUUUUGGAGGUUUUUCUUUUCCUGUCAAGUGGGAGAUUUCAGCCAAGAAACUGGGAGCCUAAUUUUCUUGUGCUGAUCAGCAGUUUCACUCCGUAUCUCAAAAAAACUCUAGAGACUGCAGUUUGGGGUUUGUUUUUUUAAUACUAUGAGUUUGCUUACACCAGUUGCUCUGUCUCAGUUACUCUUGCCUUGAGUGCCAAAAGGAAGAUGCCCCAAACUCUUGGUAGCAGCUGAAAAUCCUGUCCUAGUUUUCCAGGCUGGGAGCCUGAUUAAAUUGUUUUGUUUGUCUGCUGAGCUAUGUGCCACUAUGGCUCUGAUGUCCAAACCCUCUGCUUGGAUGGUUUUGAAUGUGGGUUGGUGCAAAUAAUUUAAAAGGAAGAUGAAAGAAUUGAUAUGCAAGCAUGUUAAUUUUGAAAAUGUGGAAGUCUUAAAAAUCACUAGGUUUGAAGUUCAUGAAUUAAGUCCAUCCUUGUAAGCAGUCCCUAUUAAAUGUGAAAUUUCUCUAGUAACAUUGCUGUUUUUUAGAAAUGUAGAAUGGUAGAUGUUAGCACUGAUGGCAGGGGGUUUUAUAUGUGCUAGAGGGGAAGCAAGAAAAAAAUUCCUACAUCUAAAUGUAUAGUCUGUUCAUGUUCUGCUUGGAGAUGCCCUCAGGAGAAGCUGCUGGAUCCUCCAGAAAAUAAUCUAUUGAUUGAAAAGCCUAGAAAGAAAGGAGGGAAGAGACCACAUGGGAUACUUAUUUGUAGCUUUUUCUU